AUGAAAAGUACAGUUUUGAUUGCUCUAUUUACUACUUUAGUCUUGCUUAAUAAUUUUGUUAAAGCCCAUUGUGAUUGUGAUCCAAAUGACAGUUCUUGUCUUUUUGAUUGUGUGAAUGAUACAAAUCAAUGCAUCGUUGACUGUGAAGAUGACACUGACUGCUAUACAAGUUGUAUCAUUCAUAAUUGGCCGGGCAUAGGAAGACAUGGUGGUCAUGGAGAUUCUCCUUCACAUGGUGAUAAAGAUUCUGGUAAUAAUGACUCUAAUAACAAUGACCCCAUGAGCACUACUCAACCUGUUGCUGAUACUACUACUACUACAAACAUGAAUUCACCAUCAACAUCCUGGGAUAUUCCACCUCCACCUGAAUGGUCUAGCACUUUACCUAACGACGCUUCAUCAUCAGAAACUACAGCUCCAAGCUCAGGGAAUGAACCCUUAUGGCCUAUUCCUUCCGUCUUUGUUAAUUCUUUUGUUCCACCUAAUGGCUUGGCUUCAUCCACAGCAUCUUCUACAAAUGUUCCUUCAAUUUCGAGUGCUGUGGCGACAUCUUCUGAUACUACCUCAGCUACUAGUGAAAAUGAUUCUUCUUCUUUGAUGUGUUCCAAAUUUUUUAUUGGUCUUACCAUGUUUAUUACAGUUUAUAUUUUACAAUAA